ACCUGAUCUGUAUCUGACCAUGACCUCUGACCUCCCACAAGAAUUAUAACAUUUGUAUACAUUAUAUCACUAAGUCUAAAAUAUAUAGAAGAAAAUAUAUCAGUGUAAUGUUAGAUAUUACUUUAUAUGCAACAAAAGAUGAUACAUUGUAAUAAAGUCAGCCGUGUCUCCCUGUGUUCUGUCAUGUGAAUAAACAGAGACACGAGCUGUUCUAAGUUUCACUUUCAUUCAUAACCUCAUUGAUUUGGUUUUAGCGAGUUACUAGUGACGUUAUGCUCAGACUAAAUUCCUAUUGGCCAGAGAGGCGAUGACACCAGCUUUCUUGACUCUCCUUUAGUCACUUCGACACUGGAGCUCGAUCGAGAAGCAAGCCUUGUUCUUGCCUCCUUAAAAGUUAAGAAUUAUUCAAAGUUUAAGAAGACCAAGGUCACAAUGAAGACUCUGAUGAUCCUGGCUGCCCUGGGAUUAGUCCUACAUGACACGACGGCAGGGACUCACUCUCUGAAGUAUUUCUACACGGGGUCUUCUGAAGUCCCAAACUUCCCAGAGUUUGUGGCUGUUGGGAUGGUUGAUGAUUUUCAGAUUGAUCACUAUGACAGUAACACCCAGAGAGACGUACCCAAACAGGACUGGAUGAGCAGAGUCUCAGAGGACAGAGCGAACUACUGGCAGGGGGAGACUGAGAAGCGCAGGGGUGACCAGCAGACCUUCAAAGCCAGCAUUGAAAUUCUAAAGCAGCGCUUCAACCAAACUGGAGGUGUCCACAUUUUCCAGUGGAUGGUCGGCUGUCAGUGGGAUGAUGAGACUGAAGAGGUCAAUAAUGGUUUCCAUCAGUUUGGUUAUGAUGGAGAUGACUUCAUCGCCCUGGACAUGAAGACAAUGAAAUAUAUCGCUCCUACACAACAAGCUGGCAUCACCAAACAGAAGUGGGAUAAUAACAAAGCUGACUCAGACUACUGGAAGAGUUACCUUACCCAGACUUGUCCUGAGUGGCUGAAGAAGUAUGUGAACUAUGGAAAGAGCUCUCUGAUGAGAACAGACCUCCCCUCAGUGUCUUUCCUCCAGAAGUCUCCCUCCUCUCCAGUCACCUGCCACGCUUCAGGUUUCUACCCAAACAGAGCCGUGAUGUUCUGGAGGAAAGAUGGAGAGGAGCUUCAUGAGGACGUGGAACUUGGAGAGAUCGUCCCCAACCCUGACGGAUCCUUCCAGAUGAGUGUUGACCUGCAGAAACUUCCAUCUGGAGACUGGGGGAAGUACGAAUGUGUGUUUCAGCUCUCUGGAGUGAAGGAGGACUUUGUCACCGUACUGGACAAAGAUGUGAUCAGGACCAACCAUGUGAAUCCCAUGUACAUGAUCAUCCUCAUCGUCGCUGCAGUGAUUCUCCUUUCAACCAUCAUCUGUGUGGCUGGAUACUUCAUACACAAGAAGAAGAACGCCAAACGCCCUCCAUCUCCAGUGAACGACCCCACCGUGGAGCAUCAAAGAAUGCUUCCAAAUCAAAGUGCCUAAAGACAAACACACCGCCCUGAGCUCAGUUUCUGGAUACAUGUUGCACUGUAACAAGCAGCAGAUCCAGCACAUGUUUCUGAGAAUUUCUUGGUUUUUCAUCACAUAUGUCAUGAACUGAUCAGGGCUGGUGUGUAGUGUGUGAUGCUUAUUGAUUGAAAGUCAAAGAAGACAGGCUUAAAUUGAGUUUUGACAAAUGCAUUUGAAAUCUUCUCAGACAUAAAUGAUGACUUUAGGUUGUUUGGUUUACUUAGUUUUUGAAAUAUUAUCAAAUCAUAUGCCGGUGAUUUCUCUUUCUCUCACUUGAAGAGAAGUUAAACAAUAUUCAUCCAUGAAAGCAUCACACUGCUCUUCAUAUAUGCAGUUUAAAUAUAUUUGUGUUCAUCUAAAACAAAUCCAUCAUAGUUGCUGUUUGAUACGUCCGGUGUUGGGAGCUUUGUGCUUAAAUCAGUUUUGGUUAUACAUACGUUAAGAUACACACACCACAGACACACCUUCACAUUUUCUGAUCUGUGCGCAUAGGAUCCGGCAGUUUGUGAAUAUGUAGGUUUAAAUUACAGAGUUUGGUCAACCAGCAGAGUUUAUACUGUUUAUACUAAGAAAGACAUUUUUUGGUACUCUGGUUGUGCUUGAUCACUUCAAUUAAGACGGUCAUCUCCCUGUAUUUAUCAGUCAAUAAACUCGUCCACCAAUCCCCUAAUGUGAGAUUGGUUUGACUCUAGUCCCUCCCUACUUUUAGAUCGCCUCUCUCAUCACCACGUUGAAUUAUCUUGAUUGAGAUUCAUAUGAGACAAAUUUUCACCUGGUUCCAACUCCAUCUGUAAACGUUAUCUCAAUUCAACUUCCAGGAAAUGAUCAAAGAAUUCACAAAUAAAAAUAUACACAAUAAGGUAUAUCAAAUUGGCUGCCCCCAUGCCUCUCACACACUCAAACUCUCUUUCUUUCACACACACACUCAACAGAUCAGUUUUCCAGUUCUGUAAAUAUUAGUUGUAUAUUUCUGUAACACAAAUGAAAUGCUGUAUGGAUCCCAAAAUGCCCCAGCAACAUAUAAUUUAAGUUUUUAAUGUUUUUCAUCAUUCAUCCUAUGUUGUUGUUUUUCUUUCAUAAUAUCUGAUUUUAAUUGAGUUUGAAGGCUUCGUGAUUGCAUCCAAGUUCUAAACCAUCAGUCUCAUUUCUGAACCGUCAUCUUGUGUUUUGAGACUUUAUAGUAGUUGAGAUGGUCUUAUAGGAAGCUGAAUGUAAAUAUUGGUUUCAAUCAUUGAUGAUUAUUACUGCUCAAAAUGACUUGUGCUGGGUGAAGUUUAAAUUAGAAGUGAAGUUGCUUUGCUGUGUGAUUAUUUUUGUACUUUUCUUUUGGGUUUCAAUAAAAUUCCUAAAAAUCCAAA